AUGUCGGCAUCUCCAUCCAACACUCAGUCCACCAAGCGUCCUCUUGAGGAUCCGUCUUCCCCCUCAGCUCCGAAUGAUCAACCCGAGGCCAAGCGACCCGCUCUGGAUAAAGUAGCACGCAGCGAUGCUGAGGCGGAAACCGAUGUUUCGAGCAACCAGAUCCCUACCGUCGAGGAUUCCAAGGAUAUCCAAGGUGAUACGGUAGUUUCAGAUGCUCCUAACGGCAAGGAUCACUCUGAGACUCAGCCCAUUCAGUCAACUGCAUCUCACGGCGAACGAGCGGGUUCCCAGUCUGACCAGCAUGCUGUCCAGGAUGAAUCGAACUGGAUCCACAUUCGUGCUGUUAUUACCAGCCAGGAGGCAGCUACUGUCAUUGGAAAGGGAGGUGAGAAUGUGUCCCAAAUCCGCCGUCUCUCUGGCGCCAAAUGUACUGUUAGCGAUUAUUCUCGGGGUGCCGUGGAGCGGAUUUUAACCGUGAGCGGUCCCCAGGACGCAGUUGCCAAGGCAUUUGGCCUUAUCAUUCGUACCCUGAACAAUGAACCCCUGGAAGAUGUCUCCACUGCACAGUCAAAGACAUACCCUCUGCGUUUGCUAAUCCCGCACAUUCUUAUUGGCUCCAUCAUUGGCAAGGGUGGUAGCCGCAUUCGUGAAAUCCAGGAUGCUUCAGGUGCCCGGCUUAACGCUUCCGAUGCUUGCCUUGCCCUGUCCACCGAGCGCUCUCUGGUAAUUCUUGGCGUUGCUGACGCCGUGCACAUUGCGACUUACUACGUGGCCCUCACACUAGUGGAACAGCUCACUGAGCGAUUUGGUGGUGCUGCUGCUUCUGCCUACGCUACCCGUAGUGGCGGUCCUGCUGGUGGUGUUCCAGGUGGUAUGCAGGUUGUUCCUUAUGUCCCUCAGCCUGCUGGUGGCCAGUAUGGUCACCCUGACACUUUCAAGCGACACCACCCCCACCCCAACCGUGCUCAGGCAGGUGCUUACGGCGUUCCGUACAUGCAUGGCCAGCCCGCACAAGCUCCUGUUGGUCAACCUGCCAUGCCUUAUGGUGCCGCUCCUCACACCCCCUAUGCUGCUGGCCCUGCUCCCCACCAGCCAGCUCCAUAUGUUGCUGGGCCACAGCCAACUCCUGGUCGUGGUGCCCCGACUGCCCCAGCCCCCGUUAAUCCUGCUGCUAUGCCAGGCCAGCCACUGACCCAACAGAUUUAUAUCCCCAACGACAUGGUCGGCGCCAUCAUCGGUAAAGGUGGUGCUAAGAUUAACGAAAUACGCCAUCUCAGCGGUAGUGUCAUCAAGAUAAACGAGCCCCAGGAGAAUAGCAACGAACGUUUGGUCACUAUCACCGGUACCCAAGAGUGCAACCAGAUGGCACUGUACAUGCUGUACUCUCGACUUGGUUCGUCAACCCCCCCGACCCUAUUCCCAUUGACCCAGGACCCGAUAUCUAAUUCCCGACUAGAAAGUGAGAAGCACCGCGUCUAA